UGUGGUUGAGCAGUGUACCUUCCCUCCCCCUGAUGUGUUUAUUUAUUAUUUUUCACUGUGGCUCAGAAGUGUCAAUCAUAUUCCCCCUGCCAUUGGCUACAGAAAUUGCGUCAAAAAGUUGCCAGUGAGGGAGCCUUCUCUGCAAAUGUUCAGUAGAGAGACACAGAGCUCAGGCUCCAAUCUUGUCUCCUCUGUUUCACAAGAUAUCACAAGAUCCUCCUCCACCAACCCCUUUGUAUGUCUGUACAGGAUAACACACAGUUUAAAGCUUUGCUGUACUUUACUCCACGAAAGGGGAAGAGAGAACUGAGUUUUUAAUGAACUUGUUUCGAUUUGUUGCAGGAUAAAGGAUAUCUGAUUGAGCCUAGCUUCAUUUUUGGGGUCUAUUUAACGUUUGAAGAGGUGAGUGUUGCUACCUACCUUUAUUUCCUGUAUGUUAAACCUGGCUCUGUUUAAUUCAUUUUUAGACCUCUCUGCAAUUUAAGAGAAAGCUGCUGUGUUCCAGAUCUCUAAACUGUGUCUCUGUUUGUCCUUUUCUUAAUUGACAAAGAGAACAUUGCUUAGAGUGGAGCUUUUACUGAAUACAUUUACGAAUCUGUAGGUGAAUAAUAGUUUUAUUUAUAAAGUGAAUUGUAAUGAUUUUGUAAGUUUGUUUUGGUUUAUGAAGACAGAUCCAAGAAGAUAUUUAAGUAAAUGUUAAACAUUCUUUUUUUGGCUUAGUAAAUUCUCUGUCUUCAUUCACAGAAAGCACAAACAGAGAAAACCGGAUAAUUGAGUAGGCGGGGUGUCUCAUCCCCAAUUUUCCCUCUUUUCUGUGUGUAAAAGGGUGAGGGAGAGAGCUUGGGAUUUUUUUUUUCCUUUACAAGAUCAAUGGGUGUGGGGGGGGGGGGACUAUUUAAAAAAACAAAACAAAAAAAAAACAUGGCCUGCUCAUGUUGACAAACCAAUAGUUUUGAUCAAAAAAAAAUAAGUGGUAUUAAAACUCUAGCUUACUCAGUUAUUGACAAACAGAUUUCUUCCCAGACUCCAAUCGAUAGGUUGAACUAAGGAAAGUCGUUUUAAAAACAGCUUUGUACAAGGCUUCUAGACCGUAAACUCAUAGAACAUAGAAUAUUGUCACAUACAGUGUAUCUUCUAUCGUCUAUACUCGCUUUUACAAUGUUUGGGUUUUAAUGAUCUCAACAAAAUGUGUAUAUAUUGUGUGCACUGCUGACAGAUGUUAUUGGAGAGAGCAGAUGUUAUGAGUCAACUGAUCAACAAAUAAUUGCACUAUACUUGUUUUUGUACAAUGUUUGUGUGUGCUAACAUUUUAUUUUAUAUUCGUUUGACAAUUUGGCAGACAUCAGAAAGAAUCAGAAACAAUCGCAUUUUGAUUUUCACAAUUACUUGUAAACUUAAUCAAAACUAUUCUAGGAUUGUAAAUAUUAAGGCUAUGCGCUCAUAAGAUUCGUUUACAUUUUUACAAUGGAGAAAAACUCUGAAUUAGAACCGAAUAUGAAAUAAAAAUAACAAUAUUAAUAACAACAACAACACAACUAUGACAACAAUAUAACUAUAGAAAUGAUCUAACUAUAAUAAUAAUAAUCUAACUAUAACAUUGACAAUUAUGCUUAUAGUUAUCCCAUGGUUAUAGUUAAAUUAUUGUUUAAAUUAUAACAAUAAUGGUUAUAUUAUUGUUAUAAAAAGAAAAAUAGGAAUACAAUUUUUAAUGCUUUAAGGGUCCUUUUAGGUUUCAAUUAAAUUAAUGAUCGCUUGGAGGAUUUAAUAAAUCAUGUAUAUGAGGAACAGCAUACUUAUAUUAAUGAAUAAAAUAGUGAUAUUUAAAUAACAUCUGUUUAAUCACAAGAGGAAGCAUUGAGCAGCUUGGAAUACGAAUUGAGGGGGCGAUGUGUACUCUGAAAAUGUUUGGGGGCUUCUGAAUUAAAAUUAACAGAUAUUGCAAAUUGUAAUGUAAAAAUAAUUUGCAACAAUGACACUAAUUAACAUGUGACUAAUACACGUUGGGGCUUUGUUAAUUAUUAACAACUAGGGAUGACAAAAUAAUUAAUUCCUACUUCCAAAACUCCUUUACCUCUCGCCCCCCCCCAAGGCCCCAAACUUUCACUGCCUAACACCAAUUUUUUUUUGUGUCUAUAAACAGCAUGUCAGUCUAUGUGUUUUGUUUAAUAUCCAUCAGGCAGAAAAUUAAUCACCACAACUGCUCUGCAGACUUCGGCAACUGCGUCCUAUAAUUAGGGAACUUGUGCCACUCAGAUUAUCUCGUUAAUUUAUCAAGAAAACAUUUAUUAUAAUUAAUUAUUCGACGAAGUAAUUAUUAUUGAGCAACUGGUAGAUGGGACGUUUAGGGGAAAUAGUGACAGAUUGUGUUUGUGGAACCGUUGUUCAGAAGUUACAUCAGUGAUUAGCAAAAAGUCCUACCAGCAACCUAAUUUUUUUUUUAAUUUUUUUUUAAAGUGAACAAAGACUAUUUUAAAUUAUGAUUUAAACGCCUGGGAUUUGCAGAUAAAAACUCGUUAUUGCCUUCAACGAUUGAGUUACAAAGAUGCAUUCAUAACACUUACAUAAUAUUUUAUUUCUUUAAUUGUUUUUUGUUAACUAUGGUGCUCAUCUGAAACUUAAUAAAACUCAAGAAAUAUUUUAAGCAUAAUACUCAGGACCUGUGGGAUAAAUCAGUGCUUCAGUUCAAUAACUCAGUUUGUCUACGAUUCCUCUAAAAUAAAUGACAUUCAAAAAGCUCAUGUUUAGUUAGAAUAGUAUGUUAAUCAAAUGCAACUGAAUAGUUGAGUGAAUUUAUGGUUGAAAGCUAAACUUAAAAAUUAAGGGCGUUUUUUGUUUUUAUUAAAUGUGAUUAAAUUUUAGGUUUUAAAACACAGUAUUGCCCCUAUCCCCAAUCUCCUUAGUAAUUAAUGGACUCAAUUAAAACACGAUUUUUGUACAUUGUAAUCAAUCAGAUAAUAUCUCUUGUAAAGCGUGUUUAACGUUAAAUGCAUGUAAUUGGAGCAAUUUAAAAAAAUGCUAAUUUAAAAAAAUUCACAUUAGGAAAUAAAUUGUAAGUUUCAAUCAUAUUUGUACAGUAUAUCAUCGGCUAUUUUAAAUCACGAAUUAUAAAUCACACUCUACAAAUAUUGAGUACACAGAUUUACAAAUUAUAGUAGAUAAUAAAAUUGUAUUUAUGGUCUUGUAUUUAGAAAUAAUGAAACUGUAAAAAUGUUUGUUGUAGUAAAAACACAAAACAUGUAAAUAAUAAAACAUAAAUAUUUAAAUACCUGAUUUUGAACCAUAAUUCCUAAGGCAUAUUUUCUUGAGCUACAAUUUUUGUGAUUGGACAGGUUUUAAGUACUUUUUUUUACCUGGAGAAUGUAGAUUGCAGAGUGCACUAAAAACAUUAAAAAAAAAAAAAAUAGAUAUAUUGUUGCCUUUAGUGGCCAAUAUUGUUGAUUCUGGAGGGGGCGACUGCUGAUGUGUAUGUUUGAGUGUUUAAAUGAGUUAAUGCAAUUAAAGUGUAUCUGCACCUCAGUAUGCACUCAGUCAGGUGAGGAAUGUGACUCUCGCCUAAGAUGUUACAUUGUUUCUUAAUUGGAAAUUAAAGACUUGUUUGUUUAACUUUGAAUCAACACUUUGAAACCUCAAUAAACCAAUUCUAUAGCGUUGUAUUUCUAAUUAGGAUUUCCUUUAAACUUAAAUGAAUUGGAGAUUUUGGAACUUUAAAAAAAAAAAAUACUGAGAGAUUUAAUUUAAAAAAAAAAAAAGUUCUCUACAAACUUCCAGUGUACAUUUGUUCUGUUUUGUUUUCUUACAAACCUUAAAUUCUUUUCUGCAAUAACUUGUAGCAAAAUAAAUUGGAGCUUAUCUGCAAUAAAUGGUUUUAUUAUUAUUUUCUAAUGUCCACCAAGGCUGGGAGGGAUUGAUUCUCUUUAUCUCCCAGAAAGGGUUUUAACUUUAUUAUUUAUUUAACCAAUGAGCUCUUUGUUUCUUGCAAAUGGUCCCAAUCAAGUUUUGUUAGAGACAAUUAGCAAGCACUAACCAAUAGAUGCUAUGCAAAUGAGUCUUCCUGCAGUCUUGCUGAGUCCAUUUAAAGGCUUGGGGUUAGUUGAUUUUUUUUUUUUUCCCGUGCCUAGGAAGGCGUGUUGUAUUUCAUGGGUUGUAACUUUUUUUUUUGGGAAGAGACACGUUUAUUUAGUGUGCAUUUUCUUCCUCCACUGGUCAGCUGGGGGUCUGGGACUUCCUAAAGAGCAGGAACAUGAGCUACUGAGGCUCAUACACUAACAAGCUAUCAAUAGAUCCAGAAUGAAAAUAAACAAGCCUUUAAAUGCACACAGCUUAAAAACUACAUAAACCACAUCCAAAAUGCAAGAAUUUUAACAUCAAACCCCCUUCGUGUUCCAGAACGUCUGAUUGCAGGAGAAUAGCGUACAGAGGAACCCCAAUUGCCACCACGAUUCCAGACAACUUUGCAAUUUGUGCUCCCCACUACAACAUUAGCAUGAUGUCCUAUCUCAAGCAACCACCUUAUGCAGUGAAUGGACUGAGCCUCACUACCUCUGGGAUGGACUUACUACAUCCUUCCGUGGGAUAUCCUGGUAAGUUCGCUUAUACCUAAUGCUGAUUAUCUGAGAUUUUUUGGAUUAACAGAACAUCUUCUUCAGUAAUUCUCUAAGGCAGAGGGACAUGCACUUUAUUCCCAGGGCUGUACUUUUUUAAAAUAAAAAAACGAACUUUUUUUUUUUUUUUUUUACUUUAUUUUUUUUAAUAAUUGCAAGUCUGUUUAUACUUUAUUAAACAUAUCUUUACAAAUAAACAGCGGGGUUCUAUUUACUAAUCUCACAAUUGUAGUGAAUUAAAAUCAGUAUGGUAACAUUUAUCCAAAACAAUAGCUGACUUUGCAAUACACUUUCCAAAUCGCUUACAGUCCUAGCUUGAAUGUUUUUGUUUUUGGGCUAAACUUUGUAAUUUUUGGAUGUCAAUUUGCUACAAUUUGGAGUUUAGUAAAUGAACCCAAACGAAGAAUCUGGACAAAAGAAUGGCAUAAAAACAAGUUAUAUUGAGGGGUAUUUUUUUUUAUUUUUUUAUUUGUGUUUAAUGUUCCUUUGGCCUAGAUGGGAUUUUUGUUUUUAACAUUGGGGUCCCACUUACUAAACGGCGAAUUAAAAUAAAAAAAACUAAUUUGCAACAUUUAAUUUCGAAUAGUUCUCAGAUCAUUUAUACCGGCCUAAAUCUUGUAAAUUGAGUUUAACAUUUCUACUGUUCGCUGUUUAGUAACUCAAAUCACUUUCACUUUUUUAGUAAUUUCUCCCCGAUACAUAGCUUGGCUUCGGUUUGUGUAGGUACAGUAAGUGGAUUUCUGCUAUAUGGCUAGCAAAUUGACUGUACCUCAUUGAUUAAUUUAAUCUAAUGUGGGUUGGUGGGUGUGUACCCCAUAAUGGUUAAUGGUGUGUGUGUGUGUGUGUGUGUGUAUGUAUGUAUGUAUGUAUGUAUGUAUUAAUCUGGUAAAAUUAGAUUACUUGAUGUAUAAUUUUGGCCACUCAGGAUUGCAGUGAAACCUAUAUUUUCUCGAUUUUUAUUUAAGGGAUGUUUUGUGUAGAACGGUUUUGGGGCAAUGCAGUGGAGUUUGGUGAACCUAUUUUUAUUUUAAAUCGAUUAGAUCUAUACAUUCCCAAUAUCAGAUCAAUCCAAUGAUCAAUAGUUCUCUUUUCAGCUACCCCCAGAAAGCAGAGGCGAGAGAGGACCACUUUUACCAGAGCCCAACUGGAUGUCCUGGAGGCACUUUUUGCCAAAACUCGUUACCCUGAUAUCUUCAUGAGAGAAGAGGUGGCUCUAAAGAUCAACCUACCAGAAUCCAGGGUCCAGGUAAGUGCUCAGUAUAAAACCUGUAACUGAAUCACUGCAGCCAUAGUAAAAUGUCUGGUUACAUAAUAGCAAGUUACUGGGCAAGGAUUAAUCUGGGAAAGAUAACAAUUUCAUUCUGUCUAAUGGAGGGGAGGGUGGGGGAUUCUCAUUUGGUUGAAAACAAAAGCUAGUAAUGAACUGGGGGGGGGGGGGGGGAUUGACCAGAUGGGCUCAGUAUCCCCUCCGGCAUUUACAGGGUUAAUCUCUAUUGCAGACACAAUGAGGAUAACUGUGCAGGUUUUAUUUACCAAGGAGCCCCAGGUGCCACAUUUUAAUUGCAUUUUUCUCUCUCUCUCUCUAAAUGUUUUUUAGGUGUGGUUCAAAAAUCGCCGAGCAAAAUGCCGCCAGCAACAGCAGCAACAGCAGAAUGGUGGUCAGAACAAGGUACGGCCACCCAAAAAGAAGUCUUCUCCAGCCAGAGAGGUCAGCUCAGAAAGUGGUACCAGUGGGCAGUACACCCCUCCAUGCAGCACCUCUGUGCCAGUCAUCUCCAGCAGCACUGCCCCAGUGUCCAUCUGGAGUCCAGCCUCCAUAUCCCCUCUGUCAGACCCUCUGUCCACCUCUUCAUCCUGCAUGCAGAGGUCCUACCCCAUGACCUACACCCAAGCUUCAGGCUACAGCCAAGGAUAUGCAGGCUCAGCAUCCUACUUUGGGGGCAUGGACUGUGGAUCUUAUUUAACUCCUAUGCACCACCAGCUGCCUGGACCUGGAGCUACUCUAAGCCCUAUGGGAACCAAUGCUGUGACCAGCCACCUCAACCAGUCCCCAGCUUCCUUGUCAAGCCAGGCCUAUGGGGCUUCCAGCCUGGGCUUUAACACUCCAGCUGAGUGCUUGGAUUACAAAGACCAAACAGCCUCCUGGAAGCUAAACUUCAAUGCUGACUGCUUGGAUUAUAAAGACCAGACCUCAUCAUGGAAGUUCCAAGUCUUGUGAAGACCACCUUAGGCAAGUGGAGGCACUUUUUAUGGAGACAAAGUCCUUUUGACAUUCCAGGUCUAGUCAGGUCUUGGUGGACUUCAAGAAAAACAAACCAUAAAAAAAAGGGGGGGGGAGGGGGAUAUAAUAAAUCGACCAGUCUUAUAUAUCCCUUCCCUAAACUCUGGAGCUGAUCUCAAGAAACUUCUUCCCAUAUUGUGGGAAAGGACCUAUUUAUCCAGUCAUCCAAACCAGAUACAGUUGUGAUCAUAGAUCUUAGGGGAAGAAAAUUAAGUUAAAAAAAAUAAAGUUGGCUGAAUUUUUUUUGAAACUAAUCAAGAAUCCCUUCCUAUCUCAGGCAGUCAUAUUAUGGAUAAUUAAUAUAAACUGGGGGGAGGGGGCAACAGAAUCUGCACCAAAAGGUGUCCAGUGUUGGGCAACUCUUGGGUCAACCAAUGGAGUGCUCCGGUUCUGGAUUUUUGGAGGGGGUACAGCUCGUGACUGCUUGGCUGACACUCAGAACAUUUCACGGGUUUGAGUGACUUGUGCUACUGAUUUCUCAUAGAUGCACUACUUUUAUUUAAAACAAACAAAAAAAAUGUUUAUAAGGCGUCAAUAUGUAGUUUUUAAAAGACAAUCAGUGUGUGUCUUAUAAAUGGUAAAUAUGUGGUUUUUAAUCUGUGCUAGAUUUCAAAACUGUGAUCUCCUGUAUUGUAUGCAACUGUGAACCCCCUCCCCCCCCCCACCCACCACCACCACCACCAGAAGGGGUUCCUCUGUGAUUUAAGAAUUAUAAUCUAUUAAGUGAGAUUUCUGCAUUCAGAGGAAAUCCUUGCCCUUUUAUCAUUCAAAAUGUGUCUUUUACCAACGAGGAACUGCAGUGAAACUGUCCCAGAAGCGAGAACAGAGAUUGGAGAAAGAAAUCGAAUGGACAUUAGAUCAUUAGAGAUCGAUUUAAACAAGAGGAAAAAAUUAAAUAAUAAUAAUAAAAGACUGGCUUUAAAUUAUACCUGAUCUCUGUGCAAUUCAACAACUCAAUCAAUUGGCUUCUAAGCUUUUGCAUAUGUGAACUCAAAUAUGCAUUUAUUACUUCCUCUUCUGGAUCUGCAAAAUGCUGUAUAAUUUAUAUUAAAAACGAAUCUAGCACAACGAUGUGUCUCC